GCGGAUAUUCCGCAUUCGCGCAAGAGACUGAAGGCCUCCGCAGCAGGGUGACAGGUUAAAAAUGACAAGGAAUUUGUCUACAGGGAUCUUGAACACAACACACCAGUUUUGCUGUCUGUCUCCAGAUAUUUAAGACGUGAAGCAAGGGAUUCACUCGAUCAUCCUUCCUGCUCAGACUGUGGGGAGGGAUUCACUCGAUCAUCUGACUGACUGACACACCCGACAUUUUACUCAGGGGGAAACCCAUUCAGAGAGUGGGAAUGGAUUCACUCGGUCAUUUCAACUGAAGGUACAUCAGCAAGUUCACACUGGGACAAGGCCAUUUACCUGUUCUGUGGGUGAGAACUGAUUCAGUCGGUUUUCCCACCUGUGGACACACCAGUCAGUUCACACUGGGCAGAGGCUGGUCAUGUGCUGAAUUUGUGGGGAAGGAUUCAUUCGGUCAUCUGACCUAAUGGCUCACCAGCGAGUUCACAUUGGGGAGCGGCCGUUCACCUGCUUGAACUGUGGGAAGGGAUUCACUCGGUCAUCAACCCUAAUGGCUCACCAACGAGUUCACACUGGCGAGAGGCCGUUCACCUGCUUAGUCUGUGGGAAGGGAUUCACUUUGUCAUCUCAUCUACUGAGACACCAGUCAGUUCACACCGGAGAGUGGCCAUUCACCUGCUUAGACUGUGGGAAGGGAUUCACUGAAUCAUCUCAACUGAAGGUACAUCAGCGAGUUCACACCGGAGAAUUCACUUGCUCAGACUGUGGGAAGGGAUUCACUUCGUCAUCUCAGCUGACGGUACAUCAGCAAAUUCACACUGGGGAGAGGCCGUUCACCUGCUCAGACUGUGGGAAGGGAUUCACUUGCUCAUCUAAACUGAAGGUACAUCAGCUAGUUCACACUGGAGAGAGGCCGUUCACCUGCUCAGACUGUGGGAAGGGAUUCACUCGGUUAUCUCAACUGAAGGAACAUCAGAGAGUUCACACUGGGGAGAGGCCAUUCGCCUGCUCAGACUGUGGGAAGGGAUUCACUCGGUCAUCUGAACUGAAGGUACAUCAGCGAGUUCACACUGGGGAGAGGCCAUUCACCUGCUCAGACUGUGGGAAGGGAUUCACUCAGUCAUCCCAACUGAAGGUACACCAGCGAGUUCACACUGGGGAGAGGCCGUUCACCUGCUCAGACUGUGGGAAGGGAUUCACUUCGUCAUCUCAACUGAAGGUACAUCAGCGUGUUCACACUGGGGAGAGGCCAUUCACCUGCUCAGACUGUGGGAAGGGAUUCACACAGUUAGCUAGCCUGCAAGCACACCAGUCGAUUCACACUGGGGAGUGGUCGUUCACCUGCUCAGACUGUGGGAAGGGAUUCACUCGGUCAUCUCAACUGAAGGAACAUCAGCAAGUUCACACUGGAGAGAAAUCUUUCAUCUGCUCAGACUGUGGGAAGGGAUUCACUCGGUCAUCCACCCUCAUGGCACACCAGCGAGUUCACACUGGGGAGAGGCCGUUCAUCUGCUCGGACUGUGGGAAGGGAUUCACUUGCUCAUCCCAACUGAAGGUACAUCAGCGAGUUCACACUGGGGAGAGGCCGUUCACCUGCUCAGACUGUGGGAAGGGAUUCACUUUGUCAUUUCCAUUCCUGAGACACCAGUCAGUUCACACUGGGGAGUGGCCAUUCACCUGCUCAGUCUGUGGGAAGGGAUUCACUUUGUCAUCUCACCUACUGAGACACCAGUCAGUUCACACCGGGGAGUGGCCAUUCACCUGCUCAGACUGUGGGAAGGGAUUCACUAAGUUAUGUCAACUGAAGGUACAUCAGUGAGUUCACACUGGGGAGAGGCCAUUUACUUGCUCAGAAUGUGGGAAGGGAUUCACUCGGUCAUCCCAACUACUGGCACACCAGUAAGUUCACACUGGGUAGAGGCCGAUCUCCUGCUCAGACUUUGGGAAGAGAUUCACUCAGCCAAAUCAACCAAAUAUGCAUCAUUGAGUUCACAUUGGGGAGAGGCCGUUCACCUGCUGUGAAUGUGGGAAGCGAUUUACUCAGUCAUCUAACUUAUCUAACUCUCACUUCAGCUAGCAGCUUAAUAUAGGGGGUGAUAGCCCCCAGCCUGGCCAAACUUAAGAAAUCUCAUUUGGGUGGAAGCUGCGUGAUGUGUCCCCUGUUACAAAUCAGUACUCCGAACUUACAAACAGUACACAAAAUGUGAUUAAAUGAUUGACUUUUAUAAUUCUUACUUUGAGGAUUUGGUUAGAGAAGUUAACAAAAAAAAGAAAAGGGGCCCACUCUCUCCAUUUGCAUCUUCUUAUCUCUCCCCAGCAAAAGACCGCGAAAAUCUCUCUUCCAGACUCACAAGAAAGAACAACAUUUCUCUUAUUGGAUAGCCCCGCAUUCCAAAACCCUUUUAUCUCUAGUUGUAACCUAAACAUUUUCAUUUUAAAAUCUUUUUAUUAAUAUAUAAUCUUCUACAGAAAUUCAACAAAUUAGUAUAUAUAUAAAAUUAAUAAAGUUGAAGAAAAACAUAUAUGCUAAUGAAAAAAAAAUUAUAAAAGAAAAAGAAGGAAAAAAGAGACCCCCAGCUAACUAAAAAAAAACCCACUAACUAUAAAACAAAAAAAAAGAGAGAAAAAAACCAUUAGGAACCAACUCCCUGAGCGAUACAUCUUAGAAUCAUUUAUAUAUAUAUAUAUGAAUGCAAUUACAUGUUGGUUUGAAAAUGAACUACCCUGAAUAUGAUGCGGAACUAUUCCAAAUAGAAGACAAUGUAUUAGGUUGUAAAUUAAUUUUCAAAGCUUUAGAAAUUGUAGAAACUAAAGAUUUCCAAAAAGAUUUCAAUGAGGGACAUGACCAGAACAUGUGUGACAAAGUAGCUACUUCAUUUUUGCACCUAUCACAGUAAUUAUCUAUAUUAGCAAAUACUUUGGAUAGCCUCUCCUCUGUUAAAUAAUAGUGGUGAACAAUUUUAAAGUGAAUUAAACAAUGAUUGGCACAUAUUGAAGAAGAAUUAACCAUUUUCAAAACCCACGACCAGUCUUCAUUAACAAAAGUCAUAUUAAGUUCUCUCUCCCAAUCUUGUUUAAUCUUCAGUGAGAGGUUAUCUUUUUGUAGUAAGAAUAAAUUAUAAAUUCUGCCAAUGGAACCUCUCACUAAGGGAUUCAUAUUCAAAAUAGUGUCCAACAAAUCAGAUUCUUUUAUAUAUGGAAACGUAGAAAUAUACUUCUGUAAAAAAUGUCUGACCUGUAAAUAUUGCAAGAAAUGUGUGUCAGAGAGAGAAUAUUUACUAACUAACUCUUCAAAAGACAUCAAUCGACCAUCACUAAAUAAAUCUGCAAAAGAACAAAUCCCCUUAUUUCUCCAUAAAAGAAAGAUGGGAUCAGUAAUUCAAGGUUUAAAUAACAAAUUUCAAAAUACAGGACUAGACAAUUUAAAUUGUUUGAAAUUAAAAGAAUUGCGAAACUGAAACCAAAUCCGUAAGGACUGUUUAAUAACGGUAGAAAUUUAAAUUAGAAAUUUUAGCAAGUUGUGAAGGUAACGGAGCUCCUAAUAGUGAAGUUAAAUAAAAUUGAUUAAUAGUUGAUUAAUAGCUUUAAAUUCUACAUCAAUCCAAGCUGGUUUUUGGUUCUUAUCAAGUCAAUAUAACCAAAAACAUAAUUGUCGAAUAUUAACAGCCCAAUAAUACAAUCUUAAAUUAGGUAGCGCUAGUCCACCUUUUUUAGAUUUUUGUAAAUGAAACUUAUUAACUCUUGGUUUUUUAUUAUUCCAAAUAAAGGACGAAAUACUAGAAUCUAUUUGAUCAAAAAUUUUUUAGUUAGAAAGAUAGAUAUAUUUUGAAAAAUAUAUAAAAAUCUAGGUUAAAUCAUCAUUUUCACAGCAUGACCUAUUAAAGAAAGUGUAAGAGGAUUCCAUCUGGAAAAUAAUUGUUUCACAGAGUCCAAUAAAGGAACUACAUUAGCUUUAUAAAGAUCUUUAUAUUUUUUUGUAAUGAUAAUACCCAAAUAUUUAAAAGAAUUCACGAUUCUAAAUGGUAUGUCCUUGUAUAUAAAAACAGGAAUAUUUAAAUGGAACAAUUCACUUUAAAUUAAGUUUAUAUCCUGAAAAUUUUCCAAAAUCAUUCAAUAAUUCCAAAAGAUUAGGAAUAGACAUGGCUGCUACAGGGAAACCAUUACCUCAGCAGUGAAACAUUGCUGAGAGGCCAUUACAUUAGCAGUGAAACUGUACAGCACGUUAUACUUGUGACACACUGCCGGGUUCACACUGGGGAGAAAGUUUCAAUAAGCUGCAUGCUGGAUAUUUGUCCAUCACCGUUGCUGAAUGCAAUUUCGAGAGUGACUGUUGGUGCUGAACUCUGCAAUUAUUGCUGCUGCUCACCACACCCAGUUCUGCACCCUGGUCACUGGGCAUGGGAGGAGUUUCUUCUGCUGCAUAUUCACCUUUAAUGGGACUGGAGUUUAAUAUUCUGGAUUUGAGACAAAUAAAUGAGUUCUAUUUUAACCUCUGUCUCCAGUACUUAGUGAAUUUAUAACACACCUAGUGUACAGUAGAGAGUCAACUCAGGCCGGCUGGACCCUGCCAGUGAUUCUGUUCCACAACGGUCCUUUUAAAUCCUCUCCUGUUGUUCCCCUCUCGCUCUCCCUGUGGUGAUGGGAUCCAAAUAGUCACCACUCUGUGGGUGAAGAGGUUUCCCUUGAGUUUUCUGCAGACUGAAGAAGUCGAGCUGACUGCAGUUCUAUCAGAUGUUCUUUGCCCCUCAAGUCUGUGGGCUUGAGGAGGUUAACCUACUUAUUCAGGGCUCAUUUGCACAUUAUUGGUCAUUUUCCCUGCUUCUAAAGGGCUGUUAGAAAACUCUACCAUCCUCUAAAGAUUGAAAGCAGAAUGGGAAACCAUUAGUUGGAUGUUCAACGGAGCAGGGUCAGAAACCAGAGGCGGGUCUGCACAGGGCAGAGUUUGGGGCUCUGGACGAUGGUCAAGUUAAGAACAUAUGAUGAGAAGGGAAUCAGCAGCGGGGCAUGGUAACGAAUGACAAGAGUAGCAACAUGUGGAAGCUGAUUGACAGAGAAAAUAAUUCCGUUCUCUGACUGAUGACACAAACAAUGCCGGUGGUGAGGUGCCCCAUUGGUCGAGGAACGUGUGUGUGUGGGGAAUGGUUACAUCUAUUCCUGCAUGUCUAUCCAGUAAUAUUAUAUCUGGAUGGUUAUUUUAGAUUAUCCUAUCUGUAAUAAUGUAUUGAUCAUUGUAAAAACUGUGAGGUUCUGCCCUAACUGGAUCAGGCUUGAACUUAUGGUGCCUUCAUGAAGUUAUGGUGGUCAUUCAUGAGUUUCUAUUUUAAAGCAAGAUUUUGGUGCAUGAUAUUUGCCACUUGAUUACUUACUUGCAUAAGUGAUCAGAUUGAGUUAAACUGCUGCAGUUUCCUGGAAUGUGUUGAAUCGUGUCUGGUUUCUCUUGGCAUCUUCUGCAUUUAUUGCCUUGUUUGUUUGUAUUAUAUGUAUUUUUGAUUUUUUUUUCUUUUUGUUAAACAUUAAGUAUUUCUGCAAGGAACCCCUCUGUUUCUGGGAAGAGGUCUCCAACUCUCAGUCAGGUGCUCGAUGCUUCCUUGUCACCAUCUCGUCUGCUCAGAUUGUUGGGAUGUCUCCCAUGGAGGGUCAUACUCAUUCCACUGAUUAAUGUUUUCUUCCACAGUGAUGAUUCAUUUUUCUGAAUUAGCCUCUCACUUAAGUUUUCUGGUCUGUAUUUCUUAUCACAAUUGCAUAUACACACAUGGAGUGCUGAAUCCUGUUCAUUUUUGAUGAAAAUAUGUACUUAGAAGUUUUAUCUGACUGUUGUGUGAUUUUUUUUUCAUGUGGUUAUUCCUCUUCCUCCUCCUGUACAUGGUAGUGUUAAUCUAAGUGGGUCUGAGUGUAAAUAGACUUUUCUAAAGUUGUCAUUUCAGUUCUUAUUUAUCUUUGUAAUUCUUACUGAUUGAAAUGGGACCAAGAUAUUUUCAUUA